GCCACGGAAACAACAAACCUCAGCUUCGGUACCCGAACCACGCUUUUAUAUAAUAACACAACUCUUAUCUUCAUCUUCUUACAUUCGUGUUCUGUCCUAAUCCGUUUCGCUUUUUAUCAAGACAAGAAAGAAUUUCAGAUAUUUUCUUAACACAAAGAGAUCUUAAAGAAGAACAUGGCGAUGGUUUCAGGAAGACGUUCUACUCUAAACCCCGACGCGCCACUGUUUGUUCCGGCGGCCGUACGGCAAGUGGAGGAUUUCUCACCGGAGUGGUGGCAGUUGGUGACGACCUCGACGUGGUACCAUGACUACUGGAUCAGCCAGAACCAAGGAGCAGAUGGUUUCUACGACGGUGAAGUCGAUGUAGCUGAUCUUCUACCAGAGUCGUUUGAUUUCGAUGACAUGGAAGAUCUCUUCGAGGCUGAUGAGUUUGAUGUAGAGAUCUACUAUGCGGGUUCUGACUUUGUUGGUUUAGGGAAGAACGGUGAGAUGGUGAGGAGAUCGAGAGGGAACAGGAGUCCUAAGUUGAUUGUUGAACCGGCUAAGUAUGCGGAGAAGCCAGCUAAAUGGGCAAACCAGAGGGUUGCUGCUCCAAGAAACAUCCACCAGCCUCGUUGAACAAGAGAAGGAGGAGGAGGAGGAGUUGUUGUUAACUAGUCAGAGUUGGUUGUAUGUUAGCCACUGUACCUUUGUAAUUUUUUUUAGUAUUUGCUUUCCCAUAAGAGAACAUGUAACUUCUUUGUACUUUUAUGAUGUUCAUUCUCAAAACUUGUUAUCAUAAAAAAAAAAUGUAAAAACAUAAAAAAAAAAGUUGUAAGCUUUGAAUGAGAAAUGAGAACUAGCUAGAGUUUAUUUCUAGACAAGCUUGUACAAGAUUA